AUGGAUUCACCAUACGAUAUUCCUUUUGAUGUUAUUCUCAAUGAGAUUCUAACAAGAACUUCCCCAGAAACUGUAGGAAGAUGUAGAGCCGUUUGUAAGAGAUUGAAAGAAGACACUUACCACUCAAGUUUCACCAAACUCUUCCUCCAAAGAACAAGAACAGUCUCCGGUUUCUUCAUCCAAACAUUGAGAAGCAACAAACGUUCAUGUACUUUUAUCUCCAUGGACACUAAAUCCAAGCUCUCUCUCAGCUUCUUACCAAGACAUAUGAAGAUUAAAGCGUCUACCAAGCAAGGUCUUCUUCUCUGCAAGAUAGAGAAAUUUGCGAAAUCAAUGAUUCCUCAAUACAUCGUCUGCAAGCCCACAACGCAACAAUGGUGGAAAAUACCAAAUCCAAAGACGCGGUACUUCACUAGAAAAACCGCCAUGGUUGUGUUGGGUUCAAACCCUUUGCGGUUCAAAAUUGUUAGGUUUUCGGAGCCCAAUAAUCCUUGUAGAAUUCACAAGUCUACGCUCUUUAACGUCCUAAGAUGCGAGGUUUUUGAUUCCAAAACUUGGUCAUGGAAGUGCUUACCGGAAAACAUCAUCUUUCCUUAUGUCGAGACCUUGGAUUUAAAGCCUUAUGUGGUAUCAACGUCUGGCUCUCUUCAUUCACUCACAACCGAGAAGAGGAUUUUUGCCUUCAAUUUUGAGAGAGAGAGUUGGGAAAUCUUUGCAUUACCUUAUCCAUUAUGUGAAGAUGAUUAUUACAAACGUUAUGACAACAUACAUCUUGUGGAGUGUGAAGGAAAGUUGGGUUUGAUUUGUAUGGCUAGAGAAGAAGAAUGCAUGGAAUUGUGGGUUGUUGAAGAAUAUUAUGGCCAAAGAACGUGGACAAAGAGACACAAGAUUAGCCUUGAAAGACUCAUGAGGGAGGAAAGGCAUAUUUCUCCUGAGGCUUUGUCUAAUAAUGAUGUUGCACUAAUGAAGAGUCUUUCCAAAGUCGUAUUAUACAAUUUUCAAACGUCCACUUCAGAAAUUGUGAAGAUGGAAAAUCUUUUAUUACUUGGUGAUAACGAAUUUUUCCCGAUUGAAUCUGAUUGGGAACCUCUCGAGUUCUUGGACGUCUAUUCCAAAAGAUUAUCAACAAGCUCAUAA